UAAACUUGAUAAACAAUUUUUCUCCUCCACAGAACUUCUCCAGAGAAAAACUAAAAGAACCUUUCAACUCACACCCAUUUGACUCAAAAUCAGCCAUGGCCAGACCUUACAACUCUUCAUACUUAGACUACUUCUCCAUCCCUCUCCAUCUCUGCUUCUUCAUCUUCAUCCUCUUCUCCGUUUUAGGGUUUUCAUGGUACAUAAACUACGAGUCCAAGUUUGAAGACAUCUUGUACCAGCUCAAGCUCUUCCUCAUGCUCUCUCCUUUCUUCUUGCUCCUCCUCGUCCAUCUCCUGUCGCCGGCCGGCGGCUUCUCGUUCUUCCUGCCGUUGCCCGAGAAGGAUUCGCUCCACAGAGCCGGAGGAUCGCCGUGGGGGGUGGCCUUCUUGCUUGUCUUCCUUCUGGUUAUGGUUUCCUACCAGUCUUCGCUUCAUGAACGUUGGUUUCCUUUAUUGGUUAAAUGAUUUUUUACUAAUAAUAAUUAAUUAUAACUAUAAAAAAUCAUAUAUAUAUAUAUAAUUGUAUGUAGUAAUUGUAAUGAAGAGAGUUGGCUUAGCAUGCUUUGUUCGUUUUAGUUAUACAAGAAAUGCAAACCCAGCUGCUUUAGUUAA